AUGCGAGGACGCGGCAACCAUUCGCAGGGCUUCGGCCAGCGUCAAGUGCCGACAGGACCUCGAAAAGGGGGCUACAAUGCGCCAUCUGGAGCACCUCGUGGCAGAGGUGGCUACAGUGCCAAUCCCAGUGCCAACGGGUACAACGAUGGGUCUGCCCACGACAAUGCCAGUGCCAAUGCCAAUGCCGAUAACGGGCAGUAUAGGCUGAAGCUCGACGUCAAGUACUACCUUCGGCCCCACGACUGCGUCGAUCAGCUGGAGAUACCGGCCGGCUCUGGAAUGAGCCGCAAGGACACGACCUGCCUGCAUUGGGUGCGUAGGCCCAGGCAGACUCGCCCAUCGCCACUCGAUCUGGAGGUCAUUCGACGCGACUACCCAGAGCACCGCGAGUUUGCCGAGAGCGUGCUGCCGCUUGCCGACAAAGGACACUACCAUCCGUCGCUGCAGGUGCCCAAGCGCGCACGGGAGGACGACGACGAACAACCGGAGCCGAAGCGAUCACGGACUGAUGCCGGUGGUGCCGAGAUCGAUAAGAUGAGGGCGGACAUGUAUGCUCUCCGGGCCGAGAAUGAGCGGCUCAAGACUGAGAUUGAGCAGCUCAGGGCUGAGAAUGAGAGGCUCAGGGAUGCGAGUCGUACUUCUGCUCCUUUCGUUAAGAAGGAAGAAGUCGAGGAGCAUGGUGUCGAGACUCUUAGCGAAGAGUUCGACAGACUCGUUGAAGAAGAGCUUGCUCGAAUAAGUCGGUGA